GACCUCCAGGUUUCACAGGCAGUACUGAUGACCAAUUGAUAGACCUUGGCCGUCAGCCAGGGGCGCAAGUACAGGUGUUCAUGGAAGAGGAAAUGGAUAUUCGUAUAUUGGAAGAAAGAGAAGCAGCUAUUCGUCAAUUAGAGGAUGACAUCACAAAUGUGAAUGACAUAUUCAAGGAUCUUGCAUGUAUGGUACAUGAGCAAGGGGAAGUGAUAGACACCAUUGAGGGCAACAUCGAUGUUGGAGCUGCCAGAGUUGAAGCAGGUACUCAAGAACUUGCAAAAGCCAGCAGAUAUCAGACAUCUGCUCGGAAGAAGAUAUUCUUCAUUUGCCUCCUCCUCUUGGUUGCUCGUGGAAUGUUCAGGGGUGCCGCCGACGUCUCGCCGUCUGAGAAAGUAACUAAG